UAGGCAAAUAGCAUUUGUAUCUUUUACGGAAGUCCAAAAAAGUAGGUUUAUUUUGUUGAAGAAUGCCGUUAUUUAAGAAGGGAACGAGUGGGAAUUUAAGUAAAAAGAGUUAUGAAAACACGCAUAAGGAAGUCGAGCCGGCAAAUAAGGCAAACGGUGCAAAUCCCGCUGCGGUAGCUCCGCCGCGACCACCGAAGAACAUUAAGUCUAAUCCGUCAGCGUCAGAACAAAAAGCAUCUGCGAAAGCUGCUGAUAUCUCAAAAGAAAGCAAGAAAGAUGAACAACAACAGCACGCUACAAGCCCAUCGAGGUCACACGAUAAGUCGGAAGGGGCUACAAAUGGCAAGACACCGCCGAAGUUUAUAUUUUAUUGCCAACUUGCCCACGGCAGUCCGACUUGUGAAAUUCAAGGAUUUACAAACGUCAAAGAAUUAUAUGGGAAAAUAUCUGAAAGCUUCAAGAUUGAUAUAAAUAAGAUUUUGUUCUGCACAUUAAAUACAUACAAAGUGGACAUGGAGAAGUUACUUGGAGGACAGAUUGCGCUAGAUGACUUCAUAUUUGCACAUAUUAAAGGUGAAUCAGCAGAAGCAAAAAUAUUAAAAAGUGAGCCAGCUUUGGGCUUGACAAUCACAGAUAAUGGUGCAGGACAGGCAUUUGUAAAGAGAAUAAAGGAAGAUAGCAUUACAGACAACAACAAAGCAAUAGAAGUGGGGGAUCAUAUAGAAUCGAUCAAUGGUGAAACUGUGAUUGGAUCAAGACAUUAUGAUGUGGCGAGAAUGUUACGUGAUAUUCCUGUGGACAGUGAAAUUGUGUUUGGCUUAGUUAAACCUCUUAAAGCAUUUGAGGGAAUCAACUUUGGUAAAUCAGGCCAGAAGAAUCCGCCCGAAAUUGACAAUAGCAAAAUUGGAACUGGACGAGCAACCUUGCGACUGAGGUCCACUGGGCCAGCAACAGUAGAAGAAGAGUUACCAAUAUGGGAAAUCAAUGCUGCUAAGAGAGUAGAUGACUUGUUGGAAAGUUUUAUCGGUAUAAGAGAUGCUGAACUUGCUGACAGCUUAGUGGAGCUAGCCAAGAACAAGACGAACCCGAGUGAAUUCACUGCAGCUGUGGAAGCGAACUUUGGUGAAUUUGAGUUCCCUGAUGAUUUUGUUUUCGAUAUUUGGGGAAUGAUUGAUGACGCAAAGAACGGGAGAUUAUAGUAACUCACAUACACGUUCAUAAAGACUACGGCUAAACAUCUGACUCAAUAUAUAUGAAAGAGAAGUAGACCUACACCGUACUAAAAGAUAAACAGACGGCAGUAUUUCUCGCCGGAAAGAGCUGCUGUACUGUAUAGUGACAAAAAUGGUGCACGUCAGCAUUUGUCGCAAAUGUUCUCAGUAUUAUACUCUAUCUAAUGCGAAUAUCCUAGGCAGCUUUCGAAUAUGUUGACUAUACUCAGUGCUGUGAUAGUUAAUAGUUUUAAGACAUGGUCGCAAAGGCUUCACAUACUGGGAUUAUUUUGUUAUGAAAAUAACAAUGAACAAAGUCAAAGACAAAGAACUAUAUGGAUUUUCCAGAGCCGCCUAUACAAAACCAUGUUUAAUUGCUAUUACCUGUAUGAUGCCAUGACGAAUCAAACUAUAGAAUUGAUCAGUUUUUUAAGGAGGUACACGGUUUAUACUGAUAGUGAUGUGAAAAAUGACCAUACCUCCUAUUUUUUUCUUUUUGCUUUCAUUCGUUGCAAAGACGAUUUAAAAUGUUUGUUAUAUAAUAUAGAUUCGUUAAUCGUACAUCAUCGUCAAUAUGCCUGUCAACUUAAUUCGAAAGAUUUGCCUUUCGUCUUUCGAAGGAAAUUUAGUAUGACCGCACGAGUUGAACUUUUCUUUGUAGAUAUUCUUAAGAAGCAAACAUAGACGAAAACAAAUAAUCAUUUUAACAAAAUCUAUGCCUUCUCCAUACUGUUUCCGACUGAUAUACCUAAAAGUAACUUACGAAACCGUAAGAAACCCAAAACGAAAUGCCAUUGAAUAAUAAUCAGGAGUGUAAAACUGUAACGAAAUUCUACCUCGCUCUCCUAUAAUUAUACAGUUACUAUUCAAUUUUAUAGACUAGAAGUGGGAGUUGGCUAGGUAAUUUUUAUAGCACACCAUCACAUUUUUACCAAAAGUAAAUAACUCUAUGUCGUAGUCAUCAAUUUUUAUUGCCCUAGAAAAAGCACUUACGAAUUACGGUAAUAAGGUCGUUCCUGGACCGUUAGUCGACCCUGGGGCGAGUUGUUAAAAUAUAACGCAAGUCUUUAAAAUCACAUCAAUUUUUUAAUC